AUGACAGUCGUUCGCGUCGCGAGGACGCUGCCCGUCCUCGCGCUCCUGCUCGUAUGCGCCGGCGCGGUCCCGAGUCCCGAAUGGCGCCCUCCCGCGACGCCGUCGCCGUCCGGCGGCGGGUUCAGGGACGAGCACCAGCCCCUCUCCGCGAUCGACCCCGCGCGGAUCCGAUUCCCCGACCCGACGUCCCGUCUCGACGCCCUCAACGCCGCCGGGUUCUCCGUCUCUUGGCGCCGCGAGACGCCGCGAGCCUCGAACGCGUCGAACGACGACGACGACGGGCUCGAGUGCGACGAGGUGGUCCUCGUGACCGUGACCGCCGCCGCCCCGGGGACGAAACACUGGGUCGGCGCGUACUCCCCGCCGCGCGCGGCGGUCAACGCCACCGCCCCGGUCAAGUACGCCAUCAUCCACGACGUCGAUGCGUCGUACUUGAAAACUGGCGACGCCGCCAUCCGGUUCAGGCUGGCGUGCAACAGGCACGAUUACGACUUUGUCGUCUUCGCCGACGACUGGGAACGGCGGCAGUACAACGAAAGCACGCACGCGAGGUCCGAUACCGUCCACGAGGCGGUCGCCGUGGCGAGAAGCGCGGUGGCGACGAUGAGAGCCGAAGCCAACUCUGGUCCCCGCAAGCCCCGCGCAUCUCUCGUCUCUCCCGUCGGGUCGGACACAAAAGUCGGUGACGAUCUCGAGCUCGCGGUGACGUGGAGCAGCGCGAGGGGCGCGGAAGCGAUGCCGUCGCUGCGAUGGUGGGAGGAGGACGCGUCCGGGGUUCGAACCGGCAGCGUUAACGUCGUCAACGCGAGUACUUACCGCUACCGCCGGGAGGACCUCUGCGGCGCGCCCGCGACGACGUCGGGGUACAGGGACCCGGGCUGGAUUCACCGCGCGGCGCUGGCGGGAAUCGAUCGGUCGACCGUUCGGUUCGUCGGGUACGAUCUCAUCGAUGCCCUCGGCGGAAAGUACCCGCCGGCGGGCGAGCGCGGGCUCCGUUUACGCGUUCCCCGCGUCGGGAUCGCGUCGAGCAAAGACAAAAACGAAGGCGAGGACAAAAACAACGACAAAGAAUUAAACAAAAACAACGAGCCGGCGUUCACGAUUGCCAUGUUCGCGGACAUGGGCCGCGGCACGGACGACGACGCCGCGACGUGGAACGAGUACGGCUCGCCCGCGUUCAACACCUCGCGGGCCCUCGCCGCCGACGCCGACGCCAUCGACGCGGCUUUCCUCUUCGGCGACGUAUCCUACGCCACCGGCUACCAAUCCGUCUGGGACGAUUACCUGGAGAUGAUCGCGCCUUGGGCCGCCGCGUUCCCCUUCCUCGUCAACCCGGGCAACCACGAGUACGACUACGUUCGAUCGGCGUGGACCGGGCACGCGGGCGGUCAAAGCGGCGCAGCCGUGUACGCCGAUCCGUACGGCGGAGUCGACUCUGGCGGCGAGUGCGGCGUGCCCACCGAGCGCUUACUACCGGGUCCGACGCCGGCGAGUUCGGUGCCCGGGGCGUACGUCGCGAUCCUCGGACCGAUCGCGCUGGUGUCCAUGAACACCGAGGUGGACUUUCGAACCGGUUCCCCGCAGUGGACGUGGCUGGACCGGGCGCUCGGGUCGAUCGACCGAACGCAAACGCCUUGGGUGUUGUUCGCGGGACACCGGCCCGGGCUCGUGGAUUCCGAUUGGGGAAAGUCGUGCUUAGGCGUCCAUACGAACGAGGACGAUCGCGCGUGGACGUGCGGCCCGAAGAAGCCGCUUUUUGGGAAGGGGAACGAGGCAGGGGACCUUCGCGACGCGAGCGACGUCGGCGUCGCGCUCGAGUUCCAGGCGCACGUCUGGCCGCUGCUGACGCGGCACGAGGUCAACGCGGUGUUCUCGGGGCACAACCACGUGUACCAGCGGCACUGCGCGUUCGAUCCGGAACGCGCGGGUUCCGGGAUCGAUUCCCACCUGGGCGCGAUCCGGGAGUUGGGACCGGGGGAGGACGCCGACGACGCCGCCAGAGCCGAGUACGGGAAAUCCGGGGGGUGCGUCGCGCGACCUAAAAGGAUCCGAAUUUCACCGGGCGGUGACUCACCGGGCGGUGACUCACCGGCGUCGGAUGAAGGGGAGAAUGAAUGGUGGGUGUACGAGGAACCGAAGGCGCCGGUGUCCCUCGUCGUCGGUUCCGCGGGCGCGGGGUUCACGCGAAACUCCCGGUUUUCCCUCACGAAGGGCACCGAGACGUGCGAAUUUUGCGAGGUCGUCAUGUACGAGUACGGUUACCUCAGGGUGGCCGCCGUGAACGACACGCACCUGAGGUGCGAGUUCGUGGAGACGCAGAGGGGUGACGGGGCGGUGUUGGACCGAUUCUACGUCACGCGGCGCGGGGUGACGGGUGCCGAGGGUGCCGAGGGUGCCGAGGGUGCCGAGGGUGCCGAGGUGACGUCGGGUUGGAGGUUCAUCGCGCUCGGGUGCGCGCUCGCGCUCUUCGUGGCGUGUUUCGCCAUCGACGUGUUCGUGCCGCAGGACACCGUGCUGCCGUACGUCCGUCUGGAUUCCAUCGACGAGGACGGGGAGGAGGAAGAAGAGGAGGCGGCGGUGGACGGCGAGGUGUGACGGGACGGACGAACGAGCCGUCGCGGGACUGGGACUGACUGACGAUUCUUUCGACGACGUACUCAUAUAACACAUCAAC